AUGGAAAACUAUGAACGGAUACGAGUCGUAGGUCGAGGAGCAUACGGUGUUUGCUGGCUUUGUCGGCGUAGAGAGGAUCCAUUUGCUCAAAAGGUUAUCGUCAAGACAAUAUUCAUACAUGGUAUGAGUCCCGAUGAAGAGAAGUCGAUCAUGGGUGAGGUGAAACUUCUGCAGAAAAUGCACCAUCCAAUGAUCAUUGGCUAUUACGACUAUUUCGUUUUUGAAAAUCAACUCGCUAUUGUAAUGCAAUAUGCUGAAGGUGGAACAAUGGAACGUUUAGUGCAGGAACAAAAAGGUGUAAACUUUCCCGAAUCGCAAGUGCUCAACUACUUCACUCAGAUUCUUAUCGCCCUUAAUCAUAUUCACUCGAAAUCGAUCGUGCAUAGAGAUCUCAAAACGCAAAAUAUCCUUUUAAACAGGAAGAAAACCCUAGUAAAGUUGUCCGACUUCGGUAUCUCCAAAGAGCUGACCACAAGGAGUCUUGCAUCAACGGUCAUCGGCACGCCGAAUUACCUCAGCCCUGAGAUCUGUGAAGGACGAGCAUACAAUCAAAAAAGUGAUCUAUGGUCUUUGGGUUGUGUGUUAUACGAAUUGUUAGAAUUGAAACGAGCAUUUGAUGGUGAAAAUUUGCCGGCCAUAGUUAUGAAGAUCACUAAGGUCAGUCUUCAGUCAAUACUUAUAUCAAUAAUUAUUUACUUUCUUUGUGCCUACCCACAAAUUGGAAGCCACGCCUCUGCUCAAGUGAAAGGGCUUGUUGCUACUUUACUGCAACUCAAUGAGAGGAAACGACCGGACACCAAAGAAUUGCUCACGUGCCCUUUGAUACUACCCAUAACGCUAACUAUGCAUCUGGAUAUCGGUCGGCUGUCGUUCCCACAAAACGACAAGCGUAAACCCAGUGCAAGUGGACGCCUUCGUACUACGCCCACAUCAUUAACGUUACGAGCUGGACAACAACAAGCGACAAAACUUCAGGAAGAUACUAGAAGAACACUUCGAUGA